CACACACACACACACGGAGGCUCAGCAGAGUCAGGUUGUUGAGCAGAGAAGCGGCUGCAGUCGUUUUUUCAGCCCGGGACAAAAACCCUGUAGCGUCUCAUUGCAACAUGGCGACAGAGUUCCACAACCUCCAGGAGCUGAGGCACAGUGCAACGCUGGUAACAAAGGUGUUUAUUCAGAGGGAUUACUGCGAAGGGACCGUCUGCCGCUUCCAGACCAAGUUCCCCUCGGAGCUCGACAACAGGAUUGAGCGAACCUUGCUUGAGGAGACGGUGAAGACCCUGAACUCUUGUUAUGCCGAGGCCGAGAAAAUCGGAGGUCAGUCGUACCUGGAGGGAUGUCUGGCCUGUGCAACGGCUUACAUCGUCUUCCUCUGCAUGGAGACACGCUACGAGAAGGUGCUGAGGAAGAUAUCAGGCUACGUCCAAGAGCAGAAUGAGAAGAUCUAUGCUCCUCGAGGUCUGCUGCUCACAGACCCCAUAGAGAGAGGAAUGAGGGUUCUGGAGAUCAGUGUUUAUGAAGACCGGGGCUCGGGCAGCUCCAGUCCCAGCAGCAGCAUGUCGUCAGCAGGCAGCAGUGCCCGAUGACUGGAGGGGCAGCACCAGGCGUACGGGUACCACCACCACCACCACCACCACAGGGGCAGCGGGACACUCACCAACAUCCGCAUGCUGAAACAUGAGAGCACAAGAUUCUAAGUGGAGAGGAAAAAAAAAAAUGUAAGAAGGUGAUCGACAGCAUUCACACUCUCCCUGCAGCAGUCUACCUUGAAUACAGGAGCUGGCUUACACAAACACACUGGAUAUGUAACAGAAUCAACACAAAGUGCAACAGAACCCACACAUAGACUGCAGACACACGUACAAGCCAACAUUCAGAAUGUCUGUGAGGGAAUCGAUUUCACUUUCCAACUGCUUUCCAAACCAAAAUAAUCUUUAUUUUUGUUUUCGCUUCCAAUUUUUUCCAUUCACCUUUUCUCUCAUUCCUUCACGUCUGUUUCCAUGAGUCACACCGUCUCCGCGGCGGAGCCGAUUCAGCGGGCUCGCCCUUGAUUAGACCGGACGUCAAUGCUGGAUUGUUUUCAGAGGGGGUGUCACUGUCACUGUUUCUAUCUCCCGUUGCAUGGGAAGCGUAGUCUGAGGUCUGAGGGAGACCCAGUGUUCUCCUGUCUCGCUGAAUGAGCGCAUUCAUGUCAGGUGGUUCGGGUCAAGCUGCUCUGAAUGCCCGCAGAUUGGCUCUGCUGUGGUCCGAUGCUCCAUUCACAGGCAUUUGGCUUCGGUAUCAAACAGCUGAGCACCAGAACAGAGAGCACCUUGGAUUAUUUAUCCCUCUCAUUUACAAGAGUGGACGCUAGUGAUCCACAUCACAGCUGCAGGUCACACACACACACACACACACAUCCUUGUGCUAAAGAAGACACUCAUAGACAUAAUGCAUUCUCUUACCCUUACCAUUACUUUAACCAUUACAAAAUAAAUGCAUAAACCUUAACCUGAGUUUAACAUAAACCCACUCUUAACCUUAAAACCCUAACCCUCCGUCUUUAACCCUGAACAAGCGUGUGAAAGCUGUGAGGAACACGGUGAUUCUGGCUGAGGAGGAGUUGACGUAGCCAGACGCUGUUCUGUUCCCUGUGGUCUCAGCUCAUUGGGAAGGCAAGCAAACCCAGGCCCUGUUAGUCUGUGCUAGUCUGUUUCUUCAGACUUAAUGACAUGUGUAUGUUUGCGUAUGGAGACAUUUACACUGUCAGCUGGGAAAUAGUGACUUUAUUAAUUAAUCCCGAAGGAAAAAGUCGUGUUUCCAGCAGCACAGCACCUGAGUACUAAAGGUAUGCGUCAGCCCGUGGGUAGGUGGAAAGGGAAUUGGCUUGUAACAGGAGGGUUUGAGUCCCCACCAGGUCAAAUGGCUGGGGUAUACCCCUGAGCAAGGUACCUAACCCCCACUGCUUGCCAGGUGCUGUGUUGAGUGCUGAGUUCUGGUAUAGGAUGGGUUAAAUGCAGAGAAGUAUUUUCUCUACCAGUAAAAAGUAGAAAUAAAGCUUUAAAAUAAAAGCUAUAUUGGUAAAAAUGUACAUUUUUAAUUGAGGCAACACAGAACACAAGAAAUGAAUGGUCAAUUGUCUCUUAAAGGUGUACAUUUCUUUAUUGCCUUCUCAUUUGACAAUUAAUAAACAUUUUUUUUGUUGGUGAAACACAGUUGUAGCUCCCUCUAGAGUCAGGCUGAGGAAGUGCAGAACGUCUUUAUCAAAAAUCCACCCCAAAGGGGAUUUGAGUUUAAAAGGCAGAGCUGAUAUGAUUCACACUUAUUUCCUAAUUAAAGUCAUAUCCAUCUGACACUAAUUAUGCACAGUGCUGAUUUGCUCUGUGGGUAAUUUCCUCAUUCGGCGUCUUCAGUACACAAAAGAUACAUCAGCCCUGAGGAGAAGAAAACUCUGCCUCUCCUAUUAGGAAACACUGCAUCCUGUCUGUCUGACUGAUGCAUGUGUGUGUGUGUGUGUGUGUGUGUGUGUGUGAAGCCUGGUGAAACGAGGGAUUGUUCUUAUGUAAGUAAAAUAUGCUGAUGGCAGGAGACAGAACACCCACACGAUGUCUAACUAAAGACACCACUUCAUGAAAAAAACAUUAACCACGUCUCACUGUCUGCAUAUUUUUACAUCGCAUUACAUUUACUUUUAUCAUACUUUGAUUUGAUUUGAUUUCUUUUUUCCGCCUCUUAUUUUGCCACUUCAUUAACAAGGAGCAGAGCCCCUGCUUUACCUUACAAAGCAGCAGAAGUUAAACUAUCUGCUGGGAAGUAGUCGAACACUCCAGUGUCUUUGAGUUUGAUUUCUAAAAAAGGAAAACAGUUUUCACUGCUGCUGCUUCUGCUGCUUCUGCUGCUGCUGAUUUCAGUUGUGCUUGCGUUCAGCCUCCUGUGCCUUUUUCGAUGCCUUCAUGUUUCAUCCCAGUGGAAUGGAAACCCGACCUGGGGCUGCUGGACUGACCAAUUAAAAAUGGACUCACCACUGCCAAUAAGCCAAAAUAAAGGCGCUGGUUGGACAAUGUAGACAGAAAUACAGAUCAAAUAAUGACUCUUUUUACGGCGUGUACAGUAGAAGAGCUGUACUCUGCGAGCUUGUUAGUAUUCAUUUGCACUGACUUUGUAAAGUAUAAGGAGCGUGGGUUUAAACUGCGUCACUGCUGACUUUGUGCUGCUUCCUACAAACAUGGUUAACGUUUGUUAAAUUGUGUUUACAGAGCAGCUACUGUGUGGAAGCUUGGUGAGCUGAAGAAAUGUGAUGGAAGUGUUGCUGAUGUAGCUUUUGAUAUUGUUACCAAUGCCAAUAUCUAUAAUAGUGGAGGUAAACAGAGGGGUGAUGUAUAUAAUGAGCCACAUUCAAAAGUGUAGUUGUUAACCCUUUUGUUUCCAUUGCUAUGUUUAAACAUACACUAUAUACAGAGGCUAUACAAAUGUGCAAUAUAGUAAAGAGGGUUUUGUUUUGGCAUUAUUGAGAAUGAAUAUUAAUAAUUCAUGCAUAACCUUUUAGUAGAGAAUUCAAAUCAGCUAUUUUUCUCACAGUUGUCCUUCAGUCUCAUCUUUGGUGCAGACGUCCAUGAUCCCCAGAGGAUGAACCCUCCUGAUUUUUGUGCCAACCUUUUCACAUAAUGGGUGACAUUUCUCCUCAGGCGCUGCCAACAGGGUCAACAUUUGUGGUUUUUGGUUGGUGAAAUAUACAUCCACUCAUUCACUGUCCCUUAUAUUAAUAAUUGUAAAUAACCUUCUAUUUUUAGUGCCAUCAUCUGGUCAACGUUGGAAUUUGUCCAAAACACCUACAGAGCUCAUUAUAUUCCCAUCAGCUGUAGUUUAUGUUCUCUGCAGACGCGCUUUAACUCAGUUGAUGAACAUUUUCAUUAGCAUGUAGCCAUUGCCAGUGUACAGUAGAGACCUAGUUUGCAUUUAUUCUUAUUUGAAGUGUCUACAUAAAAACUGUAUGUACAGUGAUGUGAGUGUAGACAGAACCUAAAAAGAAUUAUUAUUAUUGACCUAUCUUUAAAGACUAUAAGGUGGAUUAAGUACCAUAAGUUGAGUUGUCAUGUAACUUGAUUUUUCAGGAACGAUUUGUCUUUGAUUAAUGAAGACAGUCAAGAGAUUGAGGAUUCUAUUGUUAUGUUGUAAAGAUGUAUAUUAGAUUAAACCUAAGCACCCGUCAUAGAGAACAUGAUGAAACAUGAUGAAACAUGAUGAAACAUGAUGAAACCUGUACCAAAAACAUGUCCUCAUGGUCCGACUGAUGAUGUACAGUUUAUUUCAGCGUAUACAUUCUCAAAUGCCAUCUAUAUAUUUAUCCUGUACUGUAUUUCACAGUGUGUUUAGACACCUAUGAGUCAACAUAUAAGCCUCAGUACUGUAUGGAUAUCAUGCGGUCACGAGUGAGACGUGGUUCAUCGUGCAAUAUCGUGUCUUCCUUGAAAAAAUGUAAGAGUCUUGGUACCAGUUUGAGUUGUUGUCAGUUCCUCGGGAGACGAAACGUGCAGAGUGUGUGUAAACAACAGAGUGAAAUCCCUUAUGAGCAAAACAUCUCAGAGCCAGAGGAGUCAUGAUAUUUCUGUGUUCACAUCACAUGUUAUUGAAUUUUUUGUUUUUGUUAAUUGAAGCUGAUUAUUAUUCUAAGCAAUGAGAGGUGAUGAAUAAAGAAUGAGAGGAAGUUGAAGAAGGGAGAAGAGAAUUCUUGUGA